UCUACAUCUUCAUCCGUCUCUCCUUAUCUAUCAUCCCCUGUCUCUUCCUAGCUUUGACACUUUUCUUCCUUUUGUUGUUCGACUUUCUUCCGUCUCUCGUUGCUGCACCGUCCUUCAGUUACGACACAUGUCGCACCAUCCCAGUCCCGCAAUCUAGCCGUCAACAUGAUACCUCUCGGCACAAGUCUCCUGCAAUGCUUCCUUCUCCUCUCGAUCCCCAUCACAUCCGUUGUAGCAGCAUCGGACUCUUCCGGUAAAGAUAACCUUUCACCCUGCGUGGCGCGCUCUGCCAGCAGCGGCUUCUACUACGAUCUCAAUGCCAUAUCCCUUUCCCCGCCAAGCUCCGCCAGUGACAACGACAAGUCGCGCAAACACAUUCGAGACGAAAGCUGGCACGCCAAGGGCCACGACUACAAUGCGAACUUCACAUUGAAUUUCUGUGCACCCGUGGUCGAGGAUGUGGUGGAUGUCGUGGGCGUCGAUCGCCAGCGGUGGGGAAACGUCAGUGCUUAUUACGAGAAGGAUAACAAAAUAUACUCCAUAGGGCAACAAGCGUCGGAGCCCUUUUUCCGUGGUCGCAAGCUGGUCUUGAACUACACUGAUGGUUCCCCGUGUCCUGGCGAAUAUUUGGGGAAUGCAUCACGGACCAAGUCGACGAUCAUGUCUUUCCUGUGCGACAACGACUCGCCGGGUACCCAUGCCACACCAUCGUUCGUGGGUACCAUGGACCAGUGUACGUAUUUCUUCGAGGUGCGCACCGCUGCGGCAUGUGGCGGUGUCGCUCCAUCGGACGGGGAAGGGUUGGGACCUGCGCAGGUAUUCGGCGUGAUCGCCUUGAUUGCCGUCGCAGCGUACUUCGUCGGUGGCUGCGCAUACCAGCGCACCGUCAUGCACCAGCGCGGAUGGAGACAGUGCCCCAACUACAGCCUGUGGGCGGGCAUGUUUGAUUUCCUUAAAGUAAGUAUAUGCGUGUUUAACCCGUUACGGUGGUCUCGUUCCCGAGCCCGGGCCCGACCGAAUUCCUGGCGUCGUGGGCCGGCCUCACACAAGGAGUUUGGCAAUGCGAAGUUACCAAUUUCGAGGAUGGAUUGAAUCACGCUUUAGCUGGUCUAAUGCUCAAUUACAUCGAGGAAGGCGGUUCCCGCUACCAUUCGUUUUGCAUCUGUCUGGAUAUUUGGUUUUUUGGGAUAGUUCCAUUCACAAAUGUCGCGGACUGCGUCUGCCCAACUCACUCUUUUCCUGUCUUCUUGUCUCUCACCCACACCCUCUCUCCCUCUGCUUCUACCUCCCUCUCUGUCAAUAGCCACACCGAAUCCUUGGGGCCGGGCCACAAUAGAGUAUAAAGCCUUGGCCAUUUCUAUAAUUGCCCCCCUAUACCUACAUAUUGCACAUUGCGCAAAUACCACGUGAUACAUACAGCAUAAUAAUAACCAACCUAACCAAACCCUAACAGGACAUGAUGAUCAUCCUUUUCACCUCGCUAGCCGGCCUCCUCCGCUGCAACCGCACGCGCUCGUCAGCCGGAUACGCCCGCGCCAACAGCACCGGCGGCU